CUCCAUCUUCUUCUUCUUCUUCAAUACUGCGUAUAAAAUCACCUCUGCAACUCUCUCCAUUUUCCACUCCAAAACAACAAAAAUAAUAAUUUCAAUCCCUUCAAACCAAAACAAAAAAUCCGCCAUAGCCAUGCUGGGCAAGAGAUUAAACCCGGUGGCCGGAAAGAUCGCCGGCGGGCCGGCAAGCCCGAGAAGUCCUUUGAAAAGCUUCGAUCUUGGAGGGGUUGGGCUGGCGAUCGUGGCCGCCCUGGAAAAAUCUUGCGAGAGAGGGGAGAUUGCGGGGAGAAAGGUGGUUUGUAGCCGGAAUUCGCGGCGGUCGGUGCCGAUUCCAGUGAGCUCCGGGAGGAUUCCGGCAAGAAUUGUGGGGAGUUUUGGACGGAGCCUAGAGGAGGAAGAAGAAGAAGAGGAGUAUACGGUGGUUACUUGCCGCGGCUCCGACAAUAAACCGUACACUAAAGUCUACGGCGAAGUCCCGAGCUCCAGAAACAACCGGCCGAGCGUUUUCAUGAUUUCUCCGGCGAGGCUCGGCGAUAUUCCGGCGUGCCCGGAUUCCGAUUUUCUCAGCUCCUGUCAUUUAUGCCGGAAAAAACUCUCGGGCAAAGAUAUUUACAUGUACAGGGGUGAAACGGCGUUUUGUAGCACGGAGUGUAGAUAUCGGCAGAUAGUAAUGGACGAGCACAAAGAGAAGUGCAGUUCGGAGAUUUCUAGGUCCGCCGAUAUCUCGAGCUCCCCUUACACAAACGGCCUGAUGUUUUCAACCGGAAUUCUGGCCAUCUGAAUAACCAUAAUAAAUCGCCGGCGACGGCGCAUAAUAAUAAAUUAAAUCCUACUAAAUUUAAACCUUAAUCCCUGAUUCCCAGUUCAGCUUAAUCCAGUAUGGGGAUUAUGGAUUAUAGUAGCGAUGUAUAUAUUCUAGUGUAUAAACGUAUAACUCUGCUGAGAAACAACAACGACGACGACGAUCAUCUCCCUCACGGGAACAAAAUAUUUUUGCCCGGAUAUAAACAUCUCUUCUUUAUGCUCCUCUAAUGAAAAUUUUGAAGUCCCUUUUUCUUCUUGCA